AUGGCACCAUCUGCGGUAGUGAGCCCUUCUCUCGACGCUGACUCGUCCUUACUUGGCAAUGACGCGUCAAAGCUCAAGACCAAGGCGGCAGGAGUCGAAGCGACCUCCACAAAGCUGCGCGAUGCUCCCGUGGUCGACUUGUACUCGGGCAGCGCCGGUAGCCUCAGCAGCAGCUCAAGCGACGAUCAGCUACGACGCGAAAUCAUCGCAGGUCUGCAGUCCCGUCAACUCGUCGUUCCGGGCCGGAAAAAUGAUGCCAACGAUCUCAAGUUUGCCUAUCGCAAGACGUUACCAACAACCAUCCUCUAUGACGAACAAGGUCUUAUUCUCUACGACAAGCUGACGACUGCCCCCGAAUACUACCUCUACAACGCCGAAUUGCAAAUCCUCAAGGAUCACGGUCCAGAAAUUGCCCUCAGAAUCUUUGGUCAUUCCACCGCCACAGUCGAGAACUUGUCGGGCGCCUCCGUUGCUCAUCGGGACGGUCCUUAUCGCGAACAGCAAGAGGCACGAAAGGACGAUACCCUGCCACCACAGCGAGACGCUACCGCCUCUGCAAAGCAGAGAUGGGGUGACAGCGUUGUGGGCAGAUUCAACGGGGGCGUCAAUGCCGAGGAGGGUCUCGACGGCGACCGAGCUGUCGGAGCAGGAUCUCUUGUUGAGCUGGGUGCCGGCUCGCUCAAGAAGACGAUCCACCUCCUCCGUGCGCUCAAGCACCUGCCGUCGCUUUCCGAAGGUGCGCCGAGCGUCCAAUACUACGCGCUCGACCUUGACAAGGCCGAGUUGGAACGCACCUUGCGCGAUCUGCGAGCGCAAGAAGCCACGACCAGCGACGACUCGUGGACGAUCCACGGGGGUAAAGUAGGCAUCAACGGCCUAUGGGCAACAUACGACGCUGGUCUCGACUUUAUUGGCAAAGGUGGUCUUCAAGAUGCUUCGAUCGCGGCAGGCGCACAAGUCGAAGGUCAAAGAUGUCUCAUGUGGCUGGGUUCCAGCAUUGGCAACUUUGAUCGAAAGUCCGCCGCCGAGUUCCUCUCCAAGACCGCUCGCGAAAGCAUGCGUGCAGGCGAUACGAUGCUCAUCUCGAUCGAUCGCCGCAACAAGCCGGCAGAUGUGGCGCUCGCUUACAACGACACUGCCGGCCUCACGCGCGACUUUAUCAUGAACGGUCUCGACCAUGCAGAUCGAGUUCUCGGUGGCAACGCAAUCGACAGCAGCAAGUUCGAGUACUUUGACCGCUACAAUGCGCGGGAAGGUCGCCACGAGUCUUACUAUCGCGCAAAGGAGCCACACACCAUACGCAUUGCAGGCUUGGCCGAGCCGAUCUCAAUCCAGGAGGGCGAGCUCAUCCACAUGGAAUCCAGCUACAAGUUUGGAGAGCGUGAGACACUUAAUCUCUUCGACUACGCCGGCCUCCGAGUCGUUCAACGUUGGAGCGACAAAUCCGACCGCUACGAUAUCUGGCUGGUCGAAAAACCUUUCUUUCACUUUUCUAACUCGGCGGCCGAUGCUGCACUCUCUGAAGUGAAGCAGACAGAGGUCAAAUCAGCGUACCAGGAUGAGGCUCCGACCAAGGUCGACAAUGGUUGGGCAGGCAGUGAUUUGGACGAGCUGGCUCAGAAAGCAUCACUGCUGGGCUUACCCAGUCUGCACGACUGGAGGACGCACUGGGAUGCUUGGAACUGCGUCACAUUGACCAUGAUCCCUCAGGACAAACUACACGAGAAACCGAUCGAUCUGCGUCACAUCUGCUUGUUCUAUCUCGGCCACAUUCCGGCGUUCCUCGACAUCCACGUAUCGACGUAUCUCAAGCAGCCGCACCUCAACGAUCGCUUCUCUGCCAUCUUCGAGCGCGGCAUUGACCCGCACAUGGACGACAUUACGCAGUGCAAUCCACACAGCGAAGUGCCCACCAACGAGGAAGACUGGCCCACGCUUGACGAGAUUAUCGUCUACCAACAAGGCGUUCGGCGACGCGUGGAGCAGAUCUACGAGGACGUUGCUCGUGGUGAUUUGACCAUGAACCGGAGGCUGGCACGAAUGCUGUGGAUGACGCUCGAGCACAUCAGCCUUCAUCUUGAGACGCUGCUCUACAUGCUGAUCCAGUCUCAGAACACCAGGCCCCCUGCCGGCUUCAUGGCUCCCGAUUGGGCGUCGCUGUCGAAGCGAUGGCAAGCAGAGUACGAGAAGCGUGGCGGCAAGUUGACUUUGGAACAGCGCUUCCACUUUGAAGCCUCGUCUGUGGAGCUCGGACACGACGAUGACGAGUCCCAGGACUUCAACUUUGUUGCGAAUCGUCCAACCAGCAACACUCGAGAUCUCAACAUGCAGCUUGGACAGCCCGAAUUCGGUUGGGACAAUGAGCAUCCUCGACGUAGGGUGGACACAAAGGCGUUCUCAAUUUCGGCGCUGCCCAUCUCAAAUGCCCAAUACCUCGAUUUCCUGAAGGCUACCAACAGCGCCGAUGCACCUUCUUCAUGGGUCAAGAGCGGAGGCGGCGAAAGCUACUCGGUGCGCACCUUCUAUGGACCUGUAGACAUGGCCGUGGCAUGUCAUUGGCCCGUCCAAGCUUCGGGAAAGCAGCUUCAAGCGUAUGCGACCUGGAAGGGCGGUCGGCUGCCAACCCACGCCGAGCUUCGCAAACUCAUGGACGCGCCGCCCGAAGCGCUAGUGCUGGACCUCACGGUGCCUCCUUUCAAUCGAGACUCUGCCAAGGCGGCAGAGCCUGCGGCGAACGAUAUUGAUCCUCCAGGCAAGCAAGCGCCACCCGUUCGAGGCUCUGCUGUUCGAUAUGUCCCGCGCGAAGAGCAGUCGGAGGAGGAUCUCAAGUGGAUGCAUGAGGCACUCGCCAUGGCGCAGGAAGCGCUCGAUGCCAAUGAGGUCCCAGUCGGCGGUGUGUUUGUGCGCAAGGGCCAAGUGAUAGCUCGAGGUCGCAACCGCACCAAUGAGCUCCUCAAUGCGACCCGACACGCAGAGUUGGAAGCGAUCGAUCACAUUCUGUCCAUCAUGCCGCCUUCUGCGUCUGAUUUCGCGAUUGCACCUCAUUCCGGUCCUGAAGGAGACAAUCCUUUCAAAGACACGACGCUCUACGUCACCAUUGAGCCUUGCAUCAUGUGCGGAGCAGCGCUGAGGCAGAUUGGCAUCGGACGCGUCGUCUUUGGUGCGGGCAACGAGCGCUUUGGAGGCAAUGGCAGCGUGCUAGGCCUGCACGACGACGACGCGAUUGUGAGCUCGCCAGGCUACGAGUCGGUGGGUGGCUAUCUCCGCGACGAGGCGAUCAUGAUGCUGCGUCGCUUCUACAUCACCGAAAACACCAGCGCACCCAAGCCGCAGAACAAGUCGCGGCGCGUACUCAAGACCGAGAUCCACCCGCCAGGGAUCUCGAUGCAUGGACCUGGCGCCACCUCCACUGCCGCCGAAAGCGAGCCAGCUGCCGUUAGUUCGAGUCGCAGAAGCUCGCAGAACCCUACUCAGGGCCAGGCGGCACCCUCUGCCAAUGUGGGAUUCCGAAACUGGCACCCGGUCCCCGCCAGCUUGCCUCGAUACGAUUCGGAUGGCACAUUGCUACCUGGCCACAAUGGUGGUGUCUGGGAGUGGACGAGCACGCUCUUUAGCGACUACGACGGGUUCCGCAACUCGGCGCUAUAUCCUGGCUACAGCUCAGACUUUUUUGAUGGCAAGCACAGCGUGGUGAUCGGAGGCAGCUAUGCAACUGCUCCAUCUAUUGCGGGACGACGGACAUUUGUCAACUACUACCAGACGGCGUACCCUUACAUCUUUGGAGGAGGCCGUGUAGCAUGGGACAAAUAG